UGGUGAGGGAGGAAAUGCUCUAUUGAUCCUUUGUUUCGAUCAGCAUUUUCCAAAACUCCUCUUUUUAUGUCAUUUUCAAUUAUUUUCUCAUAUUCAAGCAUUAAAUCUGGGUUCUUUUUAAGUCUUUCCAUUAAACCCGCAAAACGCCUAUAGGCUAAAGAAAAAUUGGAAGGUAAUUUUUCUCUUUCUUCUUUCCAUGGCCAUUUUACAAUAUAUCGACCAUUCGGAGAACGCUUUAUAGUCUUUUUAAAGAAAUCCAUUGCAACCUGAUCAUCUUUGGUUGUCGGGUCAUCCUUAACUCCUAUGGUUUCCAAACUCCAAAAAUUAUUUAAUUUUUCAUCAGAGUCUAUAUUUAAUAUUGGUACAAUUUUAUUAUUUUUCUUUUUUGAUAAAAUUCCAUUUAAUUCACUUUCAAGCUCUCCACAAAUAAUUGUACCAACCGAAGUGUCAACCUUAAACAAAUUAUCUGAUAAGGGUACCAAAUUGCGGAAAAAUUUCCAAAAGUGCUUUAUACCAAUUAAAACGUCUGGUACUUUUUCUGACGUUCGAAUUCUACCAUUUUCUAAAUUAGCACACUUUAUAUUUGGCAUUAUUUCUUUUUUAAUUUUAUAUGCAAUAAUUUCUUCUCUACUUCCAUCUUCGAGAAUAAUUUCAAAUAAAAACUUUGCUGAUUUAAUUCUUAUAGGUUCUUUAUGA